AUGCCGCUUCGAGCAAAGAUCCUGGACCCGUCGAUGAGGCAGACAUUCAAGUUUACUUAUGCGACCACCGCCAGCGAUAUCAGAGAAGAGCCGGGUGACGAGCCGAACGAUGUCCUCUUCGGCUCGCAGCAUGGCGUGCGCACAAUCACGCUCAACCGGCCGAAGAAGCUCAACUCGCUCGAUGGCAGCAUGUGCCGUAAGAUCCUGCCCCGGCUGGCAGAAUGGGGCAAGAGCCAGAUGGCCAAUGUGGUGGUGAUCAAGGGAGAGGGAAGGGCUUUCUGCGCGGGCGGCGAUGUAGCUGGUCUGGCGAACUGGAACAAGCAGGGCAAGGAAGGGCAGGACAAGAGCAAGGACUUCUUCAGCCUGGAAUACAAGCUCGACCACUUCAUUGCGACAUACUCGAAGCCGUAUGUGGCAUUCCUGGACGGCAUAACUAUGGGAGGAGGUGUUGGACUCAGCAUCAAUGCCCCCUUCCGAAUUGCUACAGAGAACACUGUCUUUGCCAUGCCGGAGACGACCAUUGGUUUCUUCCCAGACGUCGGCGCUUCCUUCUUCCUACCUCGAAUGGACGGGCAGCUCGGGAUGUACCUUGCGCUCACCAGCGAACAGCUCAAAGGCGCUAACGCCUUCUACGCCGGUGUCGCAACCCACUACAUCCACUCGUCUUCCUUACCAGACCUCGAAGCUCGGCUGUCAGAACUAGACUUCAAGGAUAAUGAUUCCAUGGACCAUCGCCUACGUAUCAUCAACACCACCAUCGACGAGUUCAGCACUGGUCUACCACACGACCAGCCGCUAUCAGCACCCGUAGGAGGCAACAUCCGCCGCGCCGUCGACUACUGCUUCCAACCCGCCAACAGAACUGUCGAAGCCUGUCUGGACAUGCUUCAAGAGAUCGCUGACCGGGACCCUAGUUCGCCAGGCGGUACCGAAAUCAUCGACUGGGCCAGGAAGACCAAGAAGACUAUUCUUCAACGGUCUCCAACGUCCGUCAAAGUCACCUACAAGCAGCUCCGCGACUCGCUUAAAUGGAGCAUCGCCGAUACGUUCAUUCGCGAGCAAGGCAUUGCGAGCCGCUUCAUGGAACAUCCGGACUUUGUUGAGGGUGUCUCUGCUUUGCUCAUCGAUAAGCCUCGACGCACUCCUUCCUGGACUCCUGCUACUCUUGACGAGGUGACCAAUGAGGCAGUGCAACAGUUCUUCCCGCCUAUAUCCACUUUGCAUCUGCAGCUGUUGACGAGUGGCGAGGGGAGUGAUUAUAUCGAAUACCCCUACUCUGCGGACAUUGGGUUGCCCAAGGAAAAGACCAUCGAGGACUAUAUUGAUCAGAAUCGGCCCAGGGAUCACGAGGCGGUAAUGAAGCAUUUUGUGCAGAGAGCUGCGGGAAAGCAGGGAGUGAAGGAGAAGGUGGAGGAGGUGCUGGCGAGGAAGACGGCGAUCAAGGAUGGUGCUGUUGCUGUCUUGAGGUAG